GUGCUCCUCCAUCCAGCAGAAGGGAGUUAAUAAAAGCAGAAUAAAGAAUAAACAUCCACGCCGUGUUUUCCAUCAUCCCGCAGAGAGUUUAUCACAGCCGCGAGUGUGUGUGAGACUCGGAGAACACACAGAGCUUCACUCAGGAUGAAAACACGAUGAUGUGGGAAUAUUUCCACACGUGUGCGCGGGUUUAAAGUCUGGAAGUCGAGCAUCACUUCAGGACAUGGAGUUUGGACGGAUUUAUUUGCGGUAUAAAAGAGCAGUCCUGCUGUCACUGAUGUUCAAGCUGGGUGUGUUCUGCCCGGUCACGUCUGAAGUGUGUGUGCCUUCUCCAUGCCAGAACAACGGCACGUGUGUACCGAUUCUGGGCGAUUCUUACACGUGUGUGUGUUCUUACUCUCCGCCUCUAUACGUCGGUGAACACUGUGAGCAUUUAUACAACCCGUGUGACAAAGCAGACUGUGUCUACAAGUGUGUGAGCAUUUUAGGGACGCGCAACCACACCUGUGUGUGUCCCAACGGGUUCGCCGGACUCGCCUGCGACCUGAACAUCGAUGAAUGUGAGAGCAGCCCCUGUGCGGGGGUCAAGAGCUUCUGUGUGGAUGAGGAGAACGGAUAUUCGUGUCACUGUCCCAGCGGAUACAGCGGGGAGGACUGCAGGACGAGGGUCCGACACUGUGCCGAUGACCCGUGCCACAACAACGCCACCUGCGUGUGGGCGCCGAACGGAUACGAGUGCCAGUGUCCCGCGGGCUUCCUAGGUCAAAACUGCGAAGUAGACGUGGAUGAGUGUGUGUCGCAGCCCUGCAGGAACGGUGCCAUCUGUCAGGACGGUCCUGGUGUGUAUCAGUGCUUCUGCGUACCUGGUUUUCAAGGUUACCACUGUGACAUUGACAUCAACGAGUGCGCAUCCCAACCCUGUGAGAACAACGGGACGUGCAUCAACGGGAAGGACCGGUACAUCUGCGAAUGUCUGAUUGGGUUUACGGGAGUGAACUGUGAGGUUGACAUUGAUGAAUGUGAUGAGGAUCCCUGUCAGAACGGCGCCACCUGUCAUGAUCACGUGGGUCUGUACACCUGUGCAUGUGUGUCGGGGUACGAGGGCAUUAACUGUGAGCUGGACAUCAACGAGUGUGACAGUUCACCCUGCCAACAUGGAGGGACGUGUGUGGAUAGGGUGAACAGCUUUGAGUGUGACUGCAGUGGCACUGGAUUUAUGGGCUCUUUCUGUGAAGAAGACAUCCCCGAGUGUGUGUCUGACCCCUGUCUGCACGCUGCCACCUGCCAGGAAGGAGUUAACCAGUAUUCCUGCCUCUGCUGGCCAGGAUAUGAAGGCGAGAACUGUGAGGUUGACGUGGACGAGUGUGACGCGCGGCCGUGUGUAAACGGUGGUGAAUGUUUCCAGCGGUCCGACGCGAGACACUACCGGGUUUUUCCUGAACUGGACCAGGACUUCAGCUACGAGCGCGCGUCUGGAUACCUGUGCCACUGUCUGGCUGGGUUCACUGGUGAAAACUGUUCAGUGGACAUCAACGAAUGUGAGUCGGCACCGUGUGACAACGGAGGAACCUGUGAAGAUCUCGUCAAUGCAUUUCAGUGCCGGUGUCCGCCGGGGUUCACAGGUGUGGUGUGUGAUACUGACGUGGACGAGUGUGAGAGCGAGCCGUGUCAGAACGGUGGCCGCUGUGAGGAUGGCAUUAACGACUACACGUGUCACUGUCCUCGUCCAGCGCGGGACCAGAUGCCCUGGGGCGGCCGGCACUGUGACGUGACACUGACCGGGUGUGUGAACGACCCCUGCCUAAACAACGCCACCUGCUGGCCAUCGCUGCAGGGAGACGAGCACACACACACCUGCACGUGCCCUCCUGGCUUUCAUGGGGAGCGAUGCGAAACCUCCACCACCUUCUCCAUGACGGGCGGAGGUCAUGUGGUCCUGGAGGUUUCACACGGGAACAGGAGUCGCCGGCACGCGGGAUCACAAGCGCCGAGCGUCCAGAUGAGGUUCAGGACGACUUUACCCGACGCGAUCCUCCUCUACCGGGGAAGCCAGGAGCACUUUUUUACACUGGAGCUGAGUGGCGGGAAUCUUCUCUCCAGAGCCGAAUCUGGAGAUUUGAGGCUUGCUGUGAUGUUACGCGGGGACUUCAGCGACGGCCUCUGGCAUGAAGUCUCCGUCAGUGUGGACGAGAGACUCGCUCUGACCCUGAUAUCAGAGAACAAGAGCGCUGAGGAUGGAGGACACAACCAGCUUCUGUCCUUCCAGCCGAAGGGCUUGGAGAAAACACACAUCGGAGGCGUUCCUCUGGAGCUCCUCAACAACACGGCGUCCGGGACGGGGUUGGUCGGGUGUGUGGAGGAUCUGCGUGUCGAUGCUCAGCUGGUUUUACCCAGAAGCCUCCGCUCUCAGCAUGUGCAGAUGGGCUGCGAGAGACGCGAGCGGUGCCGUCCCGAUCCCUGCUCCCAGCGAGGACACUGUGUGGAUCUGUGGAGCGACUACAUGUGCCAGUGCCACACGCCGUUUCAUGGACACAACUGCUCAGAAGAGCACUCCUCAUGGACGUUCAGUCACGAGCGCAGCAGAAGCUUCGCUGCGUUCCCCAUCACGCAGAAGCACGACUCAAACCUGAGCGUGUCGCUGUGGCUGAGAUCCCGGCACCCAGACGGCCUGCUCCUCCAGCUCCAGCACGACAGUCAUGCUUACUUCACUCUUUUUCUGAAGAACGGCUCAGUAUAUAUCGCCAUAUACAACUCCAUCACAAAGGCCUCGGGAUUCCUGACCGAUGGGGAGAAGGUCUUUGUGGCUAUUAAAAAACAACAAGGUGUUAUAGUGUUUAACGAAACGCAGCCGAUUUCUGCCAGUCACGUCGACUUUGAGGUGGAGGCGGGAGAUGUGGCGUAUCUAGGUGGGCUUCCCGAAGGAGAAAACACCGGACAGUGGGGCGGAUAUUUCAAGGGUUGUUUGCAGGACGUCCGGAUAGACGACACACAACUGUUCAUGUACUCGGGGAGCAUCAGCCAGAAACCACAGCAUUCAAGCUACUUACCGAGAAACUCAUCUAAUGUGCUGGAGGGAUGUGUCGGGGACCAGACGUGCAAGAUGAAGCCCUGUCGGAACGGAGGGAAAUGCGCGGUCAUCUGGAAUGACUUUGUGUGCUCCUGUCCGCCGAACUACUCCGGGAAGACGUGUGACACGCGUGUGUGGUGUGUGAGUGACCCGUGCGACUCCGGGACUCGGUGCGUGGAUCUGCCUGAUGGUUAUGAGUGUCUAGCCAACGCCACAUUCGAGAGCAAUGCUCUCCAGUUCAGCGCCAACGGCUCCCUGUUGUUCCCGAUGAUGCGGAUCUCCAUGGACCUGCGGACGCGCGAGGAGAACGGGACGCUGCUGCGCGCCUCGGACCGGCUGGAGUUCUUCUGCGUGGGGCUUCUGAACUCCUCGCUGAUCGUCAAGUUUCGUGAGGGGAACAGUCUUGAUGUGCACGCGUUCACCAGCGACAUCCCCGUUUCGGAUGGAGAAUGGCAUCAUGUGUUGCUCUACUCGUCCAUCUCGAGGAGCUCGGCGUCCCGUUGGAUCCUGGUCGUGGACGGUCGGAUAUCGGGAUCCAGUCUGCCGGCGUCCGGCGGCUUCUUCAACUUCUCCACCGUGUGGCUUGCGGAGAACUACUCCGGCUGUUUGGGGGAGGUGCGGAUCGGUGGGGUUUAUUUACCGUUUUCCGGACGCCUGGAGGACGAGGCGCCGCAAACGUCCCAGUUCAUCCGAGUCGGCGGGACAGAGCCUCGGCUGGGAUGCUCCGGCUCCCCCGUGUGUGUUUCCGAGCCUUGCCUGAACAACGGCUCCUGCACGGAUCUCUUCAAUCUCUUCUCCUGCACGUGUGUCCCGGGAUGGACGGGCGAACUCUGCCAGGAGAACGUGGACGAGUGUGUCCAACAGCCCUGUGUCCGCGGCGUGUGCCGGGAUCUGCCCGGGGACUAUGUGUGCGAGUGUCCCGAUGGAUACGCUGGGAAGAACUGCCAGGAAAAGGUGGACGGGUGCCGGGAGGAGCAUCGCUGUGAGAACGGAGGCUUGUGUGUGUAUUCAGUCACGGGACACACCUGCUUCUGUCCACCUGCUUACACAGGCCCGUCCUGCCAAUGGCGUCGGUGUGAUGUGGAUUCAGAAUGUGAGAAUGGUGGCGUUUGCACUGAGGGAUUCUGGGGAAGGAACUGCACCUGCAGACCCGGCUUCAAUGGAGAGAGAUGUGAAGUGGAUAUAGAUGAAUGUGAGUCGGACCCGUGUCUGAAUGGAGGCACGUGUGUGAACAGAGCCAAUCACUACCUCUGCGAGUGUGUGUCGGACGUCAGCGGAGACAACUGUGAGAACACGAAGCAGCUGCAGGCGGAGCGCGUGCCGUGGCUGCUGGUGGCCGUCCCGCUAGCGUGUCUCGCUGUCCUGCUGGGAACACUGGGAUUGGUUUGCCUGGUUCUCACCACCCGGAAGAAGCGUCAGUCCGAGGGAACGUACAGCCCCAGUCAACAGGAGGUGGCAGGAGCUCGGCUGGAGAUGGGCAGCGUGCUGAAAGUGCCUCCAGAAGAACGACUCAUCUGACACACAUGAGAGAGGGAGAGCCAGCAGGUGUCGAGGCACGUCGAGCGAAGCUUCCAACCUGCACGAU